AUGGCUGGACUCCCUACUUACGAGUUUUGUGUUCGUCUUUAUUUGGCAGGUAGGCAAUGCAAUGAAGCAGUCAUUUCACAGUUCGUUAUAUGUACUGUAGGACCAGUUAAUAUACCUAAAGAGGCAGGUAGCGGGGAAAUUGGAAUUUUAUCCGGACGCGAUACAUACCAUACCUCAAGCGAUGCAACCCUGUUUUCUAGUUCAUUGCCCGUGCUUCCUCACGAAAAGGUGAACUUAGAUGUUACCGAAAGUGCUCACCAGUCUGUGGAUGAUGUUUCAUGUGGCUUAAAUAAGCACCAACAAGGGGUUGACAUUAACGAUUCUCUUGAAAAUGUUGAAGCUCAUGCAAUUGGAAGCUUGCUUCCUGAUGAUGAGGACGAACUUUUAGCUGGCAUUAUGGAUGAUCUAGACCUCUAUGGAUUGCCAAGUUCACUAGAGGAUUUGGAGGAUUAUGAUCUUUUCGGAGGUGGAGGUAUGGAACUUGAAACUGAUCUACAGGAGAGCCUGAGCUUGGGGAUGUCAAAUGUACAUUUAUCUGACGGUGUUGUUGGGAGCGGAAUGCCUCAUUAUGGCGUUUCAAAUGGUGUGGGAUCUGUUGCUGGUGAACAUCCAUAUGGGGAACAUCCCUCGAGGACGUUAUUUGUUCGGAACAUUAAUAGUAAUGUUGAGGAUUCAGAGUUGAGAGCUCUCUUUGAGCAAUAUGGAGACAUUAGGACUCUCUACACUGCAUGUAAACAUAGAGGUUUUGUGAUGAUUUCUUAUUAUGAUAUUCGUGCUGCUCGAACGGCCAUGCGUGCAUUGCAAAACAGGGCUCUACGACGGAGGAAACUUGAUAUUCACUUUUCAAUUCCAAAGGAUAAUCCAUCUGAUAAGGACAUUAAUCAAGGGACUCUGGUUGUUUUUAAUCUUGAUCCAUCCGUUUCCAAUGAAGACCUCCUUCAAAUAUUUGGGCCAUAUGGAGAGGUCAAAGAGAUAAGGGAAACGCCAAACAAGAGGCACCAUAAAUUCAUUGAAUUUUAUGAUGCCAGAGCUGCAGAAGCAGCUCUUAAGUCAUUAAAUAGGAGUGACAUUGCUGGAAAACGCAUAAAGCUUGAGCCCAGCCGUCCAGGUGGAUCUCGCCGAAACUUGAUGCUGCAACUCAAUCAAGAUCUUGAACUAGAUGAACCUCGAAGUUUCAGGCAUCAAGUAGGUUCACCAGUAACUAACUCUCCACCUGGUAACUGGGCACAGUUCAGCAGCCCUAUCGAACAUGGUCCGCUACAGACUGUCAGCAAAUCCCCUGUUUUUAGGACCAUGAGUCCCACAACCAGCAACCAUUUACCUGGAUUGGCCUCUAUUCUUCAUUCUCAAUUGUCAAGCUCUGCAAAAGUUGCAUCCCUUGGAAACGACAUAGGAAGGGGAAGUCGUAUGGAGCAUACAUUUACUAAUCCGAAUUCUGUUCAUGGAGUGGCCUUUCACCAGUCACAUUCCUUGCCUGAUCCAAAAGUAAGCCAAUUCCGUGGAACUAUGUCCCCUCUUGGUCCUUCGAAUGGGUCUGGUAUGGAAACGAUAUCAGGGCCACAGUUUCUAUGGGGAAGUCCGAAUACUUACUCAGAACAUACCAAUUCUUCAGCCUGGGCUGCACCAGCCAUGGGGCAUCCUUAUUCAUCCAAUGAUAAGGGUCAUGGCUACCUGCCCUCUGGUCGGAAUGGCUCAUUCCUUUCCUCAUCUCAACUUCACCAUCACCCACACCAUCACCAUCAUCAUUUUGGAUCUGCUCCAUCUGGCAUUUCUUUGGAAAGUCACUCUGGGUUUUUCCCCAAGUCACCGGAAACUUCGAUCAUGGGUCCGGUUGUGUUUGGAGGCAUGAGUUUGGGCCAUGGUGAUGGAAGUUUUAUGAAGAAUAUGAGUGUUCGUCCUCCCAUGAAUACUGGAAUUUCUGUGCCAAGAAAUACGCUUGACAAUGCUUCAAGUUUGAGAAUGAUGUUCUCACCAAGGCUUAGUCCUGUAUUCUUAGGCAAUGGUCUAUACUCAGGAGUGGCCCCCACCAGCAUGGAGGGUUCUACUGAGCGCGGUAGAAGCAGACGGGUUGAGAGUAAUGGGAACGGAGUGGAUAACAAGAAACAGUUUCAGCUUGAAUUGGACAAGAUUAUCAGUGGGGAAGAUACUCGGACAACGCUUAUGAUAAAAAAUAUUCCAAACAAAUACACAUCAAAGAUGUUGCUAGCUGCUAUUGAUGAAAAUCAUAAGGGCACUUAUGAUUUUCUCUAUCUGCCAAUUGAUUUUAAGAAUAAAUGUAAUGUGGGCUACGCAUUUAUCAAUAUGCUCACUCCGAAACACAUUGUUUCAUUCUACGAGGCAUUUAAUGGAAAGAGGUGGGAAAAGUUUAAUAGUGAGAAAGUCGCUUCCUUGGCAUAUGCUCGAAUCCAGGGAAAGCCAGCUCUUGUCUCCCACUUCCAGAAUUCAAGCUUGAUGAAUGAAGAUAAGCGCUGCCGCCCUAUUCUCUUUCACUCAGGGGGCACUGAAGCUGGUGAGCAGGAACUUUUGCCAUCCAACAAUAUGAAUAUUCAGGUCCGACUGCAAGAGGAGUCAUAUUUUGGGGAUUUUCCAGAGAUCCCCUUGAAAGAUGGCUGUGAGAGCUAACGUUUGGAUAACAUUCUAGCAUCUAAAUUUAGGGAGAGUAUAUCCUUUGAAAAUUCCUUGGAGUUGUGUAUAGUACUAGUAAGUCUUUGAAGUAUGCAAGAGAUAGGGAGAAGGACGCAAAGCUUAUUGGCAAUGCUGAGGCUCUCCGUUGUCGAAUGCCAGUCCGCAGUUUGUGCAUAAUCUCUCCUCCCUCGCCAUUUUGAAGUAUGCUAGGGAGGGAGAGGAUGCAAAGCUGGUUUAUUGGUGAAUGGUGAUGCCGAGGGGCUCCUUUGUCGAAUCCAAUCCCUCAGUUUGUGCAUAAUUAAUCGUUCACCCCACCAUUUUGGAUUUCCUUUUGUUCUAGAUGUGGGCUUGGUUUUACUUGAAGCCUGAACUAUGAUUUUCGUUUGGGUACAUUUGUUCUAUAGGUAAAUGUCUUCGAGAGUCGAUAUUUAAGCAAGUGUUUUAAUUUGGGGAGGAUUACAGAAUUGUAUAGUGGGGACUGGGGAGUAAGACUUAUGUUUUAAUAAAUACAUCAUUUUCUAUAAAUUUGAUCUUCAUUUGUGUAAA